CGCCAUCCUUCUCUUCUCAGUCUGUGAUAUGGAGGGUUACCAGAAUUCCAACUUGCACUACUAGAAACCGCGUCAGUAUGGGUACGACCAGCGACUUUGCCAUCAAAGCUGUCCCCUCGGUGUUCGAGUUGGGUCUUAUCUGGUACAUUGUCAACAUAGUCCGUUCAUAUCUGCGGCUUCGGCACUUCACAGGCCCGACUAUUGCUGGCUUCUCCAACCUAUGGGUAUUCUCGUCCACUCUUCGGGGGGAGCUUAACGAGAGGACAGCAGAGAUAUUAAAAGGAAAUGGGCCCCUAGCUCGUAUCGGCCCAAACCUUUUGGUCACAAACGAUGCCGAUCUACUUCGCCUUAUGAGUAGUGCGAGAUCUACAUACUCACGGGCGCCAUGGUACGACGGCAUGAGGCUCGAUCCGAGAGUUAACAAUGUCAUUUCGGAGAGAAAUGAUAAACGGCAUAAUGCACUCCGUGCCAAGAUGGCUUCCGGUUACUCUGGCAAAGAAAAUCCGGGAUUGGAACAGUCUAUAGAUGACCGGUGCGAAGACUUGAUUGGGCUCAUUCGGAAGAAAUAUCUUUCCUCUGAGAACCUUCUACGCAAGCUUGAUUUCGCCCAGAUAUCGCAAUAUUUUACCAUGGAUGUUCUCACUGAUGUAGCGUUUGGAGCUCCUUUUGGAUAUCUUGAAAAGGAUGAGGACGUUCAUGAUUACAUCAAGACAAUUCGAGCUUUCAUGCCGGUGCUAGAGCUACAAACAAACCAUCCAACAAUCAAUUUCUUGAUGAGCAGCCGACUAGUUCAAGCAAUGGCAGCGCCCACAGCAAAGGAUAGGACUGGGAUGGGUGCUGUUAUUGGUGUUGCUCAAAAGGUUGUCGCCCAGCGCUUUGGAGAGAAGAAAAUAGAACUUGAUGACAUGCUCGGGUCAUUUGUUCGCCAUGGCCUCACUCAACAAGAAUGCGAAUCCGAGAGUUUACUUCAGAUCAUGGCAGGCGCGGAUUCCACCGCCACAGCAAUGCGUAGCACGUUCCUACACAUUAUCACAAAUCCUUCAGUCUACCAUAAAUUAAACAGCGAAAUCACUUCGGCGGUGAAAGAGGGUCGCAUCUCAACCCCCGUAAUCCGUGACGCUGAAGCAAGGGCGCUGCCAUAUUUGCAGGCUUGCAUCAAGGAGGGUCUUCGGAUUUGGCCUCCUCUGACUGGGCUAACAACGAAAAUGGCUCCACCUGAAGGUGAUCAUUUCAAAGGAAUAUUCAUUCCGGGCAACACUGAAAUAGCAUAUUCGGCUUGGGGAGUGCAACGCCAUACAGGUACAUAUGGAGAAGAUGUCGAUAUGUUUCGUCCGGAGCGAUGGCUGGAGGCAACAGGGGAGACGUUGCAGAAAAUGGAGAGAUCACAAGAGCUAGUUUUUGGUUCGGGAAGGUAUGGGUGUUUGGGAAAGUCGGUUGCUUUUGUGGAGCUCAAUAAGGUUUAUGUUCAGUUGUUACGAAAUUUCGACUUCGCGGUUAUUAACCCCAUUACACCAAUGAAGACGAGAUGUAACGGAAUCUUUUUGCAGAAGGAUAUGUUUGUUAGGGUCUCAGAGCGGGCCCGGUAAUAAAAUUACGUCCGAAGGGAGGCUCUCUCCCUUGAUCUACUAGACUACCACAAUAGCCAGACCCUAAUGGCAUCUUCGCCG